CGAGCUGCCACCGUGUCCGAGCCGGAGCCUCCGCCGCCGCCGGAGUGUCGCGGGCCCGGAGUCCGCCUGGAACGCCCUCCUCGCCGCCCGCCACGUCGCAGCCGCCUCGCCGCCCGCGCACACCCGAAGCGGCCGGGCCGGGCCCGUCUCAGCCCUCUGCUCGUCCUCCCCGCCGCGCACCGGCCUUCACUCUGGAGCGGCCCCGGCAGCCGCAGCAGGGGCGGCGGCGGCGGAUCGAGGAGCUCUCCAGGUCGUCCCGGGAGAGACUGCUGCAGUCCCGGGACAGGAUGUUCUCCAAGUUCACCUCCAUCCUGCAGCACGCCGUGGAGGCGCUUGCACCUUCUCUUCCUUUACAAGAAGAUUUUGUUUAUCACUGGAAGGCAAUUACCCAUUACUACAUAGAGACUUCAGAUGAUAAAGCCCCGGUGACAGAUACAAAUAUUCCAUCUCAUCUGGAACAGAUGUUGGUUAUCUUGAUACAAGAAGAAAGUGAACGGGAAUUUGGAGAGACAGGGCCAUGUAUGGAAUAUUUACUUCAUCACAAGAUCUUGGAAACAUUAUAUACCUUAGGGAAAGCUGAUUGUCCUCCGGGGAUGAAACAGCAGGUUUUGGUGUUCUAUACCAAACUUCUGGGGAAAAUCCGGCAGCCACUACUUCCACAUAUUAACGUGCAUAGGCCAGUGCAGAAAUUAAUUAGACUGUGUGGUGAAGUCCUUGCAACACCAACAGAAAAUGAAGAAAUUCAGUUUCUCUGUAUUGUGUGUGCAAAGCUGAAGCAAGAUCCCUACUUGGUUAAUUUUUUUCUGGAGAACAAGUUUAAAUCACUGGCUUCUAAAGGAGCACCAAAUGCAACUUCAGAAGAUGUAUUAAAAGGUCAAGAUUCCUUGUCAACAGAUACAGGACAGUCCUGUCGGCCAGAGGAACCGUCUGGUGCUUCUGGAAUGGAGCACACAGAGUUAGAAGAUGAGCCUCCUCCUCAGAUGGAUGAUCUGUCCACAGGCUUGGACACCCUCAGCAUCGCUGCACUGCCAGAGGCCACAGUUGUUCGUCCAAACCAGGAUUACAACUUAGUGAAUUCUUUGUUAAAUCUUACUAGAAGUCCUGAUGGCCGAAUAGCUGUGAAAGCCUGCGAGGGCUUGAUGCUGUUAGUGAGUUUGCCAGAGCCAGCGGCCGUCAAGUGCCUCACGCAGAGCACCUGCUUGUGCGAACUGCUCACAGACAGGCUGGCCUCCCUGUACAAGGCCCUACCUCAGUCAGUGGACCCCUUGGAUAUUGAAACAGUGGAAGCAAUUAACUGGGGCUUGGACUCAUAUAGUCAUAAAGAAGAUGCUUCUGCAUUUCCAGGAAAACGAGCCUUAAUUUCAUUUCUCUCCUGGUUUGAUUAUUGUGAUCAACUCAUAAAGGAAGCACAAAAGACUGCUGCUGUUGCUCUUGCCAAAGCUGUUCAUGAAAGAUUUUUUAUUGGUGUUAUGGAACCUCAAUUAAUGCAAACUUCUGAGAUGGGUAUUCUGACAUCAACUGCUCUGCUUCAUCGCAUUGUUCGGCAAGUAACCUCUGACAUUUUGCUUCAAGAAAUGGUGUUUUUCAUCCUUGGAGAACAGAGGGAACCAGAAACUCUGGCAGAAAUCAGCAGACAUCCUUUAAGACAUAGGUUAAUUGAGCAUUGUGAUCACAUAUCUGAUGAGAUAAGCAUAAUGACAUUAAGAAUGUUUGAACAUCUUUUGCAAAAACCCAAUGAGCACAUUCUUUACAACUUGGUCCUAAGAAAUCUUGAAGAAAGAAACUAUACAGAAUAUAAACCUGUGUGCCCAGAAGAUAAAGAUGUAGUGGAGAAUGGAUUAAUAGCAGGAGCAGUAGAUCUGGAAGAAGAUCCUUUGUUUACUGACAUUUCACCAGAUAACACUUUGUCAAACCAAGAGUGGCUUAGUUCUUCACCUCCUGCUACUCCAGACCACCCCAAAAAUGAUGGGAAAACUGAAGUCCAUAAAAUUGUAAAUAGUUUUCUCUGUCUGGUACCGGAUGAAGCAAAAUCAUCCUACCAUGUUGAGGGCACGGGAUAUGACACCUACCUCCGAGAUGCUCAUAGGCAGUUCCGGGACUACUGUGCUAUCUGCUUAAGAUGGGAGUGGCCUGGGUCUCCAAAAGCACUGGAAAAGUGCAAUUUAGAAGCAGCUUUCUUUGAAGGUCAUUUUUUGAAAGUUUUAUUUGACAGAAUGGGAAGAAUUCUUGAUCAGCCAUAUGAUGUCAAUUUACAAGUAACAUCAGUGUUAUCUAGACUUUCUCUCUUCCCUCAUCCACACAUACACGAGUACCUUUUGGACCCUUAUGUGAACCUUGCUUCUGGCUGUAGAUCUCUCUUCUCUGUAAUCGUCAGGGUUGUUGGAGACCUCAUGGUUCGAAUCCAGCGUAUUCAAGAUUUUACUCCCAAGCUUCUAUUAGUCAGAAAGCGAUUACUUGGUCUGGAACCUGAAGGCCCCAUUAUCGAGCACAUCACGCUGCUGGAGGGUGUGAUUGUGCUGGAGGAGUUCUGUAAGGAGCUGGCGGCCAUCGCCUUUGUGAAAUACCAUGCUGCCUCCACACCAUAAACAGCAUCUUGCAAGUAACGAAGGGAACAGAACUGUUGUAUGCAUUUCAUGAAAAAAGCCUCAGUUCCACCCAGCCACAAGAGGAUAAAAAGCCUUUUUAAAUGAAGCAUUGCUGUAAACUGGGCAGAACCAUUCAGAGCCCGCUGAGCGGACACUCAGUGCAAUGUUGUGUGAUGUUGACUUUAUCAUACUGGUUCUAGAUAUAAAGUUGCACAUCCUUGAGUCCAGGGUACAAUCAAAGGAACUUCAGGAGAUAAGCAUUUCUAAUGCCUGUGUGAAAAGCUGCAAAAUUUCUGAUGUCAUGACUUUGAUGAUAUUUCGGUUAAUUUAAUAUCCUUUUAGGUAGCAAGGCAUUUUGACAUUCUCUGGGACUCAAAUGCUUAUAUUCUUUUGGAUUAAUAAGAAGCA